GACAAGCAGAGCUGAACUGCUUUGACCCUGCCAUCACCACCACCUAAAUUGUAAGUUAGUACUACCAGGAGGAGUGCCCGUGUGCGUUCUCCAACCCUCCGGGACACGACCUAGGCACUCUUGUAUCUACGCUGUACACAACGUCGUUGCCUCCCCUCCUAUAGUAUUAGAUACAUUCCUUCUCUUCCACCAGCUCUGUUGCUGCCCAGACUUGACAAGGCCUCCGCCUCUUGGAACUCAUUAGCCAAGUACGCCUAAAGGGACAAUACUACCCAGGCAGCCAACAGUUGCGGUCCGAGCUCAGCCGUGCUGCGUCAUUCUGCGAGUGGGCCAUUUCGACUGCCUCUGCGCAUAGCCUCUCCAAACGAACAACUCCUCAGUCAUCUGCGCCCGUCCUUUCAGUCUACACAAUCCCGGUUUGGCGCCUGGACGCUCUCUAAUCCCCUCAAUCUUGCUCGCCCGUCAAGUGCGGUCUCUUUUCUCGAAGUUAUUCACCAAAUCGAUCUGAACACAUUGAAUCCGGAACGUCCGCAUCCUGCCAACGCAGCACACAUCGAGUCCUCAUUAUUAGCUAGCUGCCGCACGCGAGGAGUGACGCAUCAAGUAUGAGUCUCAAAGGUGUAACCAAGAGCAUAACUCGCGCACCGCAGCAGUUCAAGCAGCGCUUCAAUAUUGGUGAAAAUACAAAGGAUGCGGUCUACAUCGAUGCCGAGCGGCGAUUCGCGGAGCUCGAGAAAGAGACCAAGAAGCUGCACGAGGAGUCGAAAAAGUACUUUGAAGCAAUCAAUGGUAUGCUGAACCACCAGAUCGAGUUCUCCAAGGCGAUCCAAGAGAUCUACAAACCCAUAUCAGGGCGUGUCUCGGACCCCAACUCCAUAAUCCCUGAAGGCAAUCCAGAAGGAAUUCGCGCAUGCGAGGAGUACGAAUCGAUUGUGCGCGACCUGCAAGCCACAUUGCAACCCGAAUUGGAAAUGAUUGAGCAGCGUGUGAUAGCGCCGGCCGACCAGUUACUGGAAGUGAUCAAGGUCAUUCGGAAAGUGGCGGUGAAACGACAACACAAACAACUCGAUUAUGACCGUCAUCGAGCCACCCUGAAAAAGCUGCAGGACAAGAAAGAGAAGACGUUGAAGGACGAAAAGGCUUUGUAUAAGGCCGAAAACGAUGUCGAGCAGGCCACCCAGGACUACGAGUACUUCAACAACUUGCUCAAGGACGAGCUACCGAAGCUCUUUGCGCUUGAGGCCGAGUUCAUCCGCCCACUGUUCCAGUCUUUCUACUACAUGCAGUUAAACCUGUUUUACACCUUGCACGAGAAGAUGCAAGCGAUCAAUAUCGGCUACUUCAACCUGAAUCUCGACAUCGAAGAAGCUUUCGAGAUGAAGCGAGGCGAUGUACAGGAACGUGCCGAGGCUUUGUCCAUAGUCCACUUCAAGAGCACAGGUGGCUUGAAGAGCGCCCGGGGUGUGUCUAAGUACGGGCUUCAUGCGAAAGCCAAGGAGGCCGAAGCAAGCAAAUCCUCCUAUGCUGCGAGAGGUAGGACAAGCACUUUGGAGGACGGCCAUUCCAAUCCACCUCCACCGUACUCGCCUGCAGGCUCGUCAAGCAGUAUGCCCAGCAGUCCAGCCCUGGGUUCCGCGAUUGCAGCAAAGGGCAAGCCACCGCCACCAAAGCCCAAGCCGAGCCGGUUGAGUGGCGUCCCUGCCGCGGAGACAGUCACUGCGCUGUACGAUUACGAAGCGCAGGCCGAGGGCGAUUUGAGCUUCAUGACUGGCGAUGUCAUUGAGAUUGUGCACAGAACCCAGAAUGAGAAUGAAUGGUGGACCGGACGGUUGAAUGGCCGAGAGGGUCAAUUCCCUGGAAACUACGUGCGUCUGAACUAGACCGAGCCUCGAAAUGCGCCGGAAGUAUGUAACACACCCGUGUUUCGUGUACAGCUCCGGAGCAGUAUUUUCGCAGCGCCCGCCUGGCAAACCUUUUUGCCUGUUGCAUGCCUUAUCGCCAACAGUUGUUCCAUGAGUUCUCGAACAAGUCAAUUGCCCGUCGCUUCCCAUGACAAACCAAGCGGACAGGCAAAUGUCGAUCCAUUGAUGGAUGGGGCACCAUACUAAGAACAUAUCAUGGUUGUGUUGCACCCGCAUUGGAAGUCCAGACGGCACGACACCAACAGGAGUUCUAGCUUUGGGCGGCCCUGUGCUGGCGGCAUAUCCAUCGUGGUGCUGCUCUGCACAGCUUUCAAGAUGUGGUCAGUUUCGGUGAGACAGGCAGCCAGGCAGGGGCUGUGUCGAUUCCACGUGGUGCCUGGUAACUUGGUUCGGACGAGAAGUUAUAUCCUUCUUUGGGCUUGAGCUACAGCCCACUCGGGGUUUCCGAGGUGCGGUCCUGUCAUGGCAGGAUAGGAUACCUCAGUUUAGGUCAAGGCAGGUCAUUCCGAAUGGGUUUCAUAUUCUUGUACUGGAGAGAAGGACAGAGGAAAGGAGAGAAUGAACAAUCCGCUUAGACAAAGAUAUGCCCCAGUCCAUCCCGAGCCAGCACGGCCAGGUUCCGUUCCUCGAUUUGUCUGCAGUUCUCUCGACCGGAGUGAUAUAUACUUACCCACCCCCUUUAC